GUACGUUCGCGUUCAUGUAUCAGUGCUACUGACGUUGUUCAGUCAUCCGAAACCUGAUGGCGCGAAUUUGUUUUGUUAGUUUGUUUUGAUUCACAAACUUGAGUCUGUGAGUUGUACGAAAUGAGAGAAACCGUUUGCGUUGACGGGCAAAAGUUUGCAUAAAUCUAAAACUGGGACCGAAAUAGUAACGACUAAAUGAAUUAACAUUACAUGAUGUCUGAUUGCGGAACUUUUACGAAACUGCGUCAGAUCUGUGAUUUGGCGAAAAAUGUAGAUUUUCUGGACCAAAGGACGGAUAGUGCCAUUCAGAGAAACAACAUCCCAUCGGAAAGGAAUAUAUUGCAAUGUCCCCGAGAAUCUCUUGCAGCAAUGCAGAAUAUGAAAAGUGAAGUCAAGACCAUGUCGAAUGAUUCUUUGAAAAUUCAUUCAAAUCUCCAACGUGUUGCUCAUCGGAAUCAGAAAUUACUAUCAGCUGGAGAAAAAAUUUUGGAAUAUUUAGAAUCGGAAACAAGUAAAGCUGAAGAAUACUUGAAACAGAUGUAUGGUUAUAUUCCUGCCGGUGGUGACAGUAUGAUGGAAAUUUCAAAAUGUGCAGAAUCUAAAAGACUUCUGAAAUCAAGUGAAAAUGAUGAUAAGGUUUUGCCAGUUAUUGAACAAGGGAUUAGUCAGGAUGAAAAUCCUAGUGUUGAAGAAAAUGAUUCUCUAGCUCUCUUGAAGAGUCCAGAAGCUCCAGUUCCUGGUUCUCGUCAAUUUAAGAAAGAUUCUAUUGCUUCUCCUGAAGCUCCAACUUUACAUUCAAAAUUUCAGAAUGAUGAGGAAUUCAGGCUUCCUGCUAUUUCUGCUGGAAAUUUUCAUCCAGUCCGUUUUGAUAAAGAUGGAUGCAAAGGAAAUGCGGAUCGAUUUGACGCCGAAUAUUUUCCGCAACUUCCAAGAUCUCCAAAUUCACCUGGAAUCGAUCAAAUUCAGCCAAACAAGUUUCAGGAUACAGUUGUUGCAUCUUCGCAAGCACAAUACAACAAUCAUGUUCCAAACAUAGAAACUGCAUCAAUGAAAAAAUUCUUUGAAACUCCUGUAAUAAGCGGUGUAAACAAGGGAUCAUACUUCAAAGGCUCUACAGCAAAUGUUCCAUAUGCUCCAUAUUUUGCAGGACUUGAUCAGUCACCAGAUUCACCAGCAACCACAAUGACAAAUCUGGAUACUUUUCGGAAUAUAAAAGCAGUUGGAAACCCAACUAAUGAAGCCGUUUCACCUGAAGUUGAUUUCAAGCUUCAUUCAAGAAGAAGUGUGCUUAAUGAUGCACCUGUGCAUUGUAGUUCAAUGGAUGAUGACACCGUUUUACUGCUGAGAGGUGGAAAAGUUCCUAUGUCUACUAUGAGAACUCCUGAUAGUCCAGAUUUAACAGAAUAUAGACAUUUUCCAAAAGUGAACAUUAAUUUUGAUGAUGAACUACCAGCGACACCGCCAAGUCCUGAGUUAACAUCUCAUUUUAAACAAGAUAGAAAUCAACAAAAUACUGAUAUCAAGGAAAACAUGGAUCCUUCGUAUAAUGAUGGAUUUUCCAAAUAUGAAGUGAAACAGUCACAAUAUAAUGAACUACCUGAUUAUUUAAAAAGGGUGAUUCCUUAUCAACUGAGUUGUGAUUUAGUUGAAAAAGUUCUACAAAAUACUUUUGCCUUAUAUGGAGAUAAAUACCCUCGUGUGACGACGCAGCAGAAAAUCGAAGAAAUAACAUCCUUGGGAUUAAAAACUAAAUCAUUCAUAUUUUUAUUGACGGCUUUGAAAAUUGUAAAGAAAAUUAGUGGAACUGAAUAUUUUGAAGUCUUAGCUUGAAAGUAUGUCUGUUAAUGCUUUCAUUGCAUAUUCAAAUGUCACCCCUGUUGUGAUUGCGAGGAGAACACAGUCUGGAAUAAUGGCCAUUGAUAAACAUGCUGUACAUAUGGAUACUCACUUUAACAAAUGAACAUACAUUUCACAACUCGAUUCAUUGAAAUCAGAGGUUUGAGUGAACUCCUGGGUGUUUGUGAUCGGCUUUGCAAGAUGAAAUAUAUCCAGGAUAGCUCAAGAAGCCCGAACUGUCAUGAAUUGUAUUCCUACUAAAUGUUAGUACAGGUAGCAUGCUUAAUGGUUAAACGAGGCCAAUGCAGACUUGUGAAUUUGAAAAUAUGAUUCAAAUUUUGAUCUCAACGUGGUUAGUUUCACAUUUUAGAGAUUUCUUAUGUAAUAUAUCAAGCAAUAUAAAGCCUGCUGCAAAAAGGUUUUGAGAUAGACACACUCGAGGGUGGGUUGUGCUGCAGUUGUUCUUGUUCAAUGAAGGAACAUGCUAUACCACACGAGUGGCUGCUCUGAUCAUUGGUUACUAUUCGUUAUUUGGACAUUGUUUUUGGUCAAUACUUCUGAUAUUCAGAUUAAGUGAUUUUUUUUUUGCUUUAUUGUUAAAUAUAUUAAUGUUUUCAUGUGUACUGCUGUUUAUUUAUUGCUCAUCAUUUUUAUACAAUGGACUGCUGCUGUUUGCUUGGAGAGAAACAUUACAGUAAUGCACAAAUAUAUACACAUGCUAAGGAGUA